CGAGCUCGGGUCUCGCCGCCGGUCUCGCCCGCGUGUGUCCCGGGCUCCGGUCCUGAAGUGGGCUCGCGUCCUGCCUUCCUGGCCCCGGGCCUCCGCGACUGUCGCCACGGUGGCGGCCACUACAUCUCGUCCCACGUCGGCGGCGCUCGGCGCCGUCGUUCCUGCGAACCCCGAGCCCAUGACAGGCCAGGGCCAGUCGGCGGCCGCCGGGUCCGCGGCGUGGAGCACGGUGUUCCGCCACGUCCGGUACGAGAACCUGGUGGCUGGCGUGAGCGGCGGGGUCUUGUCCAACCUGGCGCUGCACCCGCUGGACCUGGUGAAGAUCCGCUUCGCUGUGAGCGACGGCCUGGAAGUCAGACCAAAAUAUAAAGGGAUUUUUCAUUGCUUGACUACCAUUUGGAAAGCAGAAGGACUGCGCGGACUUUACCAAGGAGCCACCCCCAAUGUGUGGGGUGCAGGUCUAUCCUGGGGACUCUACUUCUUCUUUUACAAUGCCAUCAAAUCAUAUAAGACGGAGGGAAGAGCUGAACAGCUGACACCAGUAGAAUACCUCAUCUCUGCUGCUGAAGCUGGAGCCAUGACUCUCUGCAUCACAAACCCAUUAUGGGUGACGAAAACUCGCCUCAUGUUACAGUACGGUGGUGUUGUUAACCCCUCACAGAGACAGUAUACAGGGAUGUUUGAUGCACUCGUGAAAAUAUAUAAAUAUGAAGGUGUGCGUGGAUUGUACAAGGGAUUUGUCCCCGGGCUGUUUGGAACAUCUCACGGCGCCCUUCAGUUUAUGGCCUAUGAGUGGCUGAAGUUGAAGCACAACAAACACACCAACAGACUGCCCGAAGCCCAGCUGAGCACAGCAGAAUAUAUCUCCAUUGCUGCACUGUCCAAAAUCUUUGCUGUAGCAGCAACGUACCCAUAUCAAGUUGUGCGGGCCCGUCUCCAGGACCAGCAUGUGUCCUACGGUGGUGUGAUGGAUGUGAUCAUAAAGACGUGGAGGAAAGAAGGCAUCAGAGGAUUUUACAAAGGCAUUGCCCCCAAUUUGAUUCGAGUGACUCCAGCCUGCUGUAUCACCUUUGUGGUUUAUGAAAAUGUCUCACACCUUUUGUGUGAUCUUAGAGAAAAGAAAGUAAGCUAAAAGAAGAUCCAGUAAACCUGCUUGAGGCUGCAGCAAACACAAACCUCAGAGUAUCGCAGCAGCUCAGCUCAUACUCAGCAUCUGUCUGUACGGGAAGUCAGAGGCCUGAAAAUCUCCAUGUUUUCUGCUCUGUGCUCCUCCCAAUGUGGGAGCUUGGCUGCCUCUGCCCACAGUGGCCGCCUUGAGCCUGUGAGAAUGCGCCAGACCCUCCCUUUCCUUGUUCGCGUGCAAGCUGUUCCGCGACUUUUGUAAAUAAUUGGAUGAAUGUUGAUGUUUCUGAACUCUCGCCUGGAUUGGCUUUAAAACUGACCCAUGUGCAAUAGCAAGGAGCUGGCCUCUUACGAGACUGUAUUUCAAGGGACUUACCCAAACCCAGCCCAUUUUGAAUGGAGGUGUUUUGUUCUGAGAAGUAUCUCGCACCUUUUGCUGCCCCAUUGUUAAUUAUUUAUAAUGUGAUUCUGGAUCCCAGCCUUGGUUUUUGUCCAUAAACAAUAUGUGGUCAGAGUGUAAAGAGUCUGGACUCGGAUCCGGUGAAACCUCUGUGUAGCGUGUGUGGUCACAAACCACUCAUCAGAAAUGCUGGGUCAUCUCAGAGGGGCGGUUGCUGUGAGUUUGUGGGAACUGAGUAGAUGCAAGCAUUCCUUUUGUCCUCAGCUUUUAGACUUAGGGAUCCAUAUCCCAAAUAAAUGAUCUCUCUACAUUGGUUGCUCAGAUUCAGAUUGAAGUACAAAUUACGUUCAUGGCCAUUAUUGAUUUGAUUUCUGUGUCGUCAUAGAUCUCCAGGUGUAAAGGCCUACCCCAAGAGGAUGCUGAAAUAAUACUAAUUUUUCUCAUAAACAACUGUCAGUGUAUUAACAUCUAUUUUCUUGGUAAAUAAAACAUUAUGAUCAAAGCUAUAUUUAAAGGAUUCUUUAAAAAUAAGCCUAUUUUUGUAUUUGGAAAUGGCAUUGUUUUUAAAAUAAAAAUGAAAAGAUAAUUUAUAUUUACAAAUAA